AUGGUGUGUAAGGUGUCCGACUUUGGUCUGGCUCGUGACGUCAUUGACAGCAGGGAGUAUCUCAGCAGAAUGGAGACUCCUCUGCCUAUCCGCUGGAUGGCACCAGAAUCCAUCUCUGACAGUGUGUAUACCACCAAGAGUGAUGUGUGGUCGUUUGGCGUUCUUCUCUGGGAGAUUGUCACUUUGGGAGCUACCCCCUACCCUGGUAUUACGUCUGGACGAGAACUUAUACGUGAGAUCAGGUCAGGAUACAGAAUGGAGAAACCUCAACACUGUACACAGGAACUGUACAAUAUGAUGAUGAUGUGUUGGGAGGAGGAACCGACAAAACGCCCAACGUUCGACAAUCUUGUCACCAGUCUUAGAGACAUGGCUAAUGAAGAGAUGAAACUUCACGUGGACGUAGACAGAGCUGCUGAGGCCGUGUACUGUGAUAUUGACAGCCAGCUGGUUGGGGAGAUAGUUUAACGU